AUGUCUGACAAGGAUAACGGACUCUUUACUAGAACCAAAGAGAUUGUGCUAACGAAUCCAGACAAGGGUCUCAAAGAAGCAGUGGAUAAAGUUUAUCAUUUUGUCGGACCAUCACGCUUAUGGAGUAAAAAAGUAUUACAUGAUAUAAUGACAACAUGUAUUAUAAUGCAUAAUAUGAUUAUAGAAGAUGAACGUGAUAUUGAUGCAACAAUUAAAGAACGGGUUGAAGUUCCGAGUGCAGAAGUUGAGAUGACGAGUGAUGAUGAUGCUCGAUUUCAAGAAUUUUUAGCUCGACAUAGACAAAUUAAAAUUAAAGAUCGAGAAGCUCAUAUUGAACUUCGAAAUGCGUUAAUAGAACAUUUGUGGUCGGAGUAUAUUAAUUCUGAAAAUUAG